AUGGGCAGACUCGGGGACAUGGUGGCGGCGUUCGCUGCGCACGAUGCCGUGAGUGAGCGGCUGCCACCCUCCAGCGUGUUUUCCGCUGAAGUGGUCUACAUUGAUCUGUACAGUGUCUUGCGAGACGUCGUUAGUGUGGAGAGGAGUGCAACCCCGGCGAUCUGUCAAGGGUUUUUUCACGCAAAGAUGUCCCGAUUUCUCGAGGGCAUUGCGAAAAUCUCGACGUACCCUGUCAAGAAGAUUGCUUUCGUUCAGGGAGCCGGCAAUUUGUUGGAGGAGGCGCUCUUUACUCUUGAGGUGUACCGGCAGGUAAUCAACCUUGCUAGGCAGCACCCCGAGCGUUACAUCAUCUACACGUCGCCCGAGGGUGCACUAGAGGGUGCUCGUGCGUUGGCGUCGGCCAACACCGAUGGGAAACGCUAUGUGGUGUGCUCUAGCGACCCUCGUGCCCCGUUUUUGGCCUGUGAUUGCGUCCGCAAUUUGGCGGAGUGGUGUGAGGGCCGCGAAUGCUUGCUGGAAGUUGUUGCAUCGUCGCGCCUUUCGGUGGCACUGGGCCUGGAGGAUCGCAGCUCUCUACCGCUGUUCGCCGUUCUUGCGAAGCGGGCGCCCAGCGCGGUUUCUGUGGAAAACCUGCGCGCUAUUGCUCAGUGUGUGAACGGCUGGGAUGGAUUGCUUUGCCAGGAACUUCUUGAAAGUGUUUUCGAAACGCCAGGAGGUUGCGUCCAUCACGACCUUGUGACGGUAUCUGUGGCACUGGGGGAGUUCCGUGGCAGCCUAGCAACGGCACCCGUGAAGGUCGAUGCUAUGAAUACUGCGUCCCUAUUUCCAUUUCUGUCACUCUGGGGUUGUUGCGGUGUGAUAAGGAUGGGAGAUGCGGAUGCCCAUGAGUGCUUUCGCUCGGUGAGAGAGAGAAUUUUGUCUUCUGUGAUGCCUGGAAGGCUUCUUCGGGAGGUAUACGACGAUGCAGGCGGUGGCAAGAAGAGGAAUGACAAGGGCCUCAAUGACAGCGAAAAUGUCAUUCACAUUGCAGAGAAUGGUGAAGAUUUAUCGAGGCAUCCUUGCCAGCCUUGGGAAGACGCGCUGGAUUGUCUUCUAAAGGCCAAGACAGCGGAGGGUUUUGAAGUGGACAUGACCCCGAAGGUUCUUGACAUUGUAGAACGGCUUCCACAUGAAUUACAACACUGUGGCGUUUCCCUGCUUUUGCUCCGUCGUAGUGGCAUCUUCUCUGAGAGCAUUUGCAAGCAUUUCUGUAAGGUUUUGACGUCAAUGCCUGAUGAAGUCAAACCAGAGGAAGACAUGAAUCAUGCGUGUCGUGAGUUUCAGGCGUGCUUAACGUACGUUGCUUUGGUUAAAGAAAUGUUUCGUCGGCCUAUGGAACCGUUGUGCCUGCCUGUCGUUCCGUUGGUGGAUCUUUCCAUCAUGCUUGGAGCUAUUGAUGACUCACAUGAUGCCCCAAGCAAAUGCACGGCUGGUGAGGCUAUUACUGGUGAUGGAAAAGAAAAUGAUGUUUUCGAAGCACUCAUGCACCUGCUGGAACUCUGCAAUCCACGUGGGUAUGAUUGCUGA